CUCACAAUAAGGGGUUGUAGCCUUAAUUUGCCUCCCUGUGCUUGGUUCAUGUUAUUUUACCUGUUUUCAAAAUCCACAUUUCCACAUCCAAAUUUGCAUGAAGAAUAUUGUCUGACUUGAAGGUCAAGUCUAGUCUAUUGAGAUGCCCCGUUGCGGUUGAAAUUUACGGCACCUCAGUAGCUCUACAGUAGAACAGUGACAGUGUUGAAGUGAAAACUGGACUUGGACCAAACCUCGCUGCCAACGCCCCCGGCUAAGUAGCGAAACAAGCGGAUGCGUUGAGGAAGAGGUAGGAAAAUCAUAAUUGUAAACGUGGGCGUUAGUUAUUAUUAUCAUCAAUAUAUCGUAGGCUACUUGUAGCCUAAACCUGAAUUUUAAGUAAACCGGAAACAUAAUAUUUUAGAUCCGUGACUGUACGUGGCCGGGUAGCGGUACGUUGGCUAGAUAGCCUUCUCAAGACAAGUGAAUGGCUUGCGUCACGUUUUUUCAUUGAAAAGUGGGCAUAGCAUAGCUAGCUAGCUAGUUAAACGGGUUAGGCUAAAUGUUAUUGGAGCUACUGUUUAGCCAACUGGCUAAGGAUUUUGCUAAUAAUUUAAAUACCUGCUUGUUCGCUAAUGUUACAAUCCCAACGUUUGGCCAGUCUCUGCCCGGGCAGGGGGGUGGAGAGUUGCUUCUGACUGUUUCAGCGGCCCAGAAGGUUAUGGUUAGCUACCUUUUACUACCUAGCAGCCUUGCUUAGUUGCUAUAGUGGUCAUCAUGAAUGGCUUGUCUGGCCUGCAUUGCAGGGCUUUUUCCUGUAGGUAAAAAAUUGCAUUGCGUUUGUAUUAAUCGCAGUGUCCGUUGUCGUGUUUCCACUCACAGUUGAUACUACAGUAACACAGAGAGACUUCCGAAAUCCAGGAUGCAGACCAUUAAAUGUGUGGUGGUCGGUGAUGGAGCCGUGGGAAAAACCUGCCUGUUAAUUUCCUACACAACCAACAAAUUCCCCUCAGAAUAUGUACCUACUGUGUUUGACAACUAUGCAGUGACUGUUAUGAUUGGUGGUGAGCCAUAUACCCUAGGAUUAUUUGACACUGCAGGACAAGAGGACUAUGAUAGGUUACGGCCUUUAAGUUACCCUCAAACAGAUGUAUUCCUAGUCUGUUUCUCAGUAGUUUCACCCUCUUCAUUUGAGAAUGUUAAAGAAAAGUGGGUACCUGAAAUCACUCACCACUGUCCCAAGACACCAUUUCUGUUGGUUGGAACCCAGAUUGACUUGAGAGAUGACCCCUCUACGGUGGAGAAGCUUGCCAAGAACAAGCAGAAGCCAAUUACCCCAGAGACAGCUGAGAAGCUGACCCGUGAUCUUAAGGCUGUCAAAUAUGUCGAGUGUUCUGCCCUUACACAGCGAGGUCUGAAGAAUGUAUUUGAUGAAGCUAUACUAGCAGCUUUAGAGCCACCUGAAACCCAGAGGAAGAGGAAGUGCUAUACUCAGGAGGGGAAUAAGGUUAGGGUUGAAGUGAUUCCAGAAAGCAUGACAACUCCCUCCAUAGCUCAUGCUGGCUCCUCCGUGACUCCUGGUGGUUUUUCUAUGGCUCUUCAGUCUAGCUCUAACACUGAAGAUAGAAGUAAUAUUGUCUGCAACAAUGCUCAAGAUCAUAAUCAGACACCAAAUGAGCACAUUAAAUCUAACAACAUGUUGACCAAGCUUAAUGAGUACAAUAAGAUAAGGAUAAAUAUGCUUGGCAGUGGAUCUGUGGGAAAGUCCUGCAUGGUUUCUACAUUCCUAACCAACAGAUUUCCCUCUGAAUAUGUACCAUCAGUUUUUGACAAAUACGUAAAAGACAUUGGUGAUGAAGGUUGUUUUGGCUCCCUUGAAAUACAGGAUAUAACAGGUUUGUCUGACUAUGACGAUCUACGAAGAAUAAGUUACCCUCUGACAGAUGUUUUCCUAGUCUGUUUUUCAGUGGUUUAUCCUGGUUCAUUUAAGGACGUGGACAUGAAAUGGGUACCUGAAAUCAAUCACUAUUGUCCUGGGACACCUUUCCUACUUGUCGGAACUCAGAUUGACCUAAGAAAAGACCCCCACACAUUGGAGAGGCUGGCCAAGAACAAACAAAAGCCAAUCAAUUCAGAAAUUGCUAAGAAACUAGCCAGUGACCUGAAGGCAUUCAAAUAUGUCGAGUGCUCUGCCCUUACACAGGAAGGUUUGAAAAAUGUGUUUGAUGAGGUGAUACAAGCUGUACUGAGGAGUCAGCAGUUCAAGAAGAACAAAUGUGUGCUGUCCUAGGCUCAUCCUGUUGUUACCAGACUCCUGUAAAACUAGUUUGAUUCAUACAGGAAAUUAUACUUUGCAGGGAAUACAUACACUCUAUUUCUUUGAUGUAACUUUGCCUUCUGAAAGAAUUGGAACCUGUACAUUUCAUUCACAUUCUACAUAUUUCAUACAUAUUCAUGU